GGGCACAGUUGUUCCCACUUCCGGCUCGCGAGCACCGUACCUUUCGGGCUCUCAGGGCUGUGCAGCUCAUCUGCGGCGCGAGGUACAUGCUUUCCCUGUGUAACAUGAAUGUGGUCCACCUCAGGGGUUCUUAGGAUCCACCUCCUCUCUGACUCAGCUAGGUAGCCUUUUGGCUUAUUCUGUCCAGGAUGUUCAGAGACACAACAGCGUUGGCCUGUCAUGCUCCAGAAGGACAAACUAGGCUCAACUUUGUGAAAGUUGAAGAAAAAAAUGGCGUUUGGAAGCAGGACUUCAGUCUUCAGGGAAACCUCCAGAGCCAGGAGGUUUUCCGUCAGCAGUUCAGACAGUUUGGCUACUCCGAUUUCACUGGGCCCCGGGAGGCUCUGAACCAACUGCAGACGCUUUGCCAGCAGUGGCUGAGGCCAGAGGAGAACUCCAGGGAUCAGAUCAUAGAGCUGCUGGUGCUGGAGCAGUUCCUGACCAUCUGGCCUAUGGAGCUGAAGGCCUGGGUGCUUGAACACAGGCCCCGAAAUGGAGAGGAGGCUGUGACCCUGCUGGAGGAGCUGGAAGAGUUUGAUGAACCCAAGCAACAGGACACAGCUCAUGGUCGUCAAGAAACGAAAUGCAAAGGAGUGACACUCAUGGGAACGCAGGCGGCUCUGAGUAGUCCGCGGCAGUCCUUGGAGAACCACUGCAAGAGUGAACCCCAGGAGUCCCAGAUUUCCCACGAGAGAGAAGGCAAGAUGGCGACUGGGAAAGUACUGACAGCAAAGCAAGAAAUUGAGUGUGUUGCAUCAGUGGCCAAGGCAUCUCCAGGAAGACUUCCUAGGGAAACUUCUCCAGUACAGAUAGUUGAAACUAUGGGAUAUAUGGUCAACAAUGAGAAGCAAAGAGGAAGUGAUGAUAUAAACAACAAAACAAGUCAGCUUUCUUCUCAGGAAGGCUAUUUCAGUUUGGCAACCUUUAACAAGAAAACCUUUACAAAACAGAACAUCUUUGAGUGUAAUGAAGGUGAUGGGAUCCUUAGUCAAAAUUUGCAUGGUACUACACAGCCCAGGACUCACACAGGGAAACUGUUCUAUACAUGUGUGGAUUGUGGGAAAGCUUUUUGCAAUAGGUCAAAGCUGAUUAGACACCAGAGAAGUCAUACUGGAGAGAGGCCUUAUGCAUGUAAAGAAUGUGGAAAGGCCUUUGGUUUCAGAGCAGACCUUGUUAGACAUCAGAGAAUUCACAGUGGUGAAAAACCCUUUAAAUGUUGCGACUGUGGAAAAGCUUUUAGGAGCAACACAGGGCUCAUUAGGCAUAGGAGAAUUCAUACUGGAGAGAAACCUUAUGGCUGUGAUGAAUGUGGGAGAGCCUUCAGCCAGUGUUCUACCCUCAUUCAGCAUAAGAAGAUUCACAGUGGAGAAAAACCUUAUAGUUGUGAUGAAUGUGGGAAAGCCUUCAUCCAGAGCUCUGCCCUUAUUCAGCAUAAGAAGAUUCACAGUGGAGACAAAGGCUACGAAUGUACUGAAUGUGGUAAGGCUUUUUGGACAAGUUAUGUUCUUAGGGAACAUCAAAGAAUCCACACUGGUGAAAAGCCUUAUAAAUGUAAUGAAUGUGGAAAAUCCUUUAAUAGAAGCUCAGCACUCACUGUGCACCAGAGAACUCACUCUGGGGAGAAACCUUAUGAAUGUAAUGAAUGUAGGAAAAUAUUUAGGCAUAGGUCAGGCCUUGUGCAGCAUCAGAGAGCACAUACCAGAGUUAAACUCUAAGGGUAAGUGGUUGUACAAAUGUCAAAUGCAAGGAAUUCACUUUGAAAGUGAGACUCCACAGAAGAUAGAGAA